CCUCGCUCCACCCAGUCCCACCUCCCUUCACCUCCAGCUCUCCAAGCCCGAAACCUUAUCUCCAAAUCCUCAUCCCAUCCCGAGCGUCAUGGCGGCCGCGCUCUUCUCCACCUCGCUCUCGCCCCGGUUCCUCGCCCUAUCCUCUCCCAAGCUCGCCCCCCUCCCCUGCAGGUUGCCACUGCCUCCGCGCGCUGUGCUGGCGUCGUCCGAGCUGGCGACGCCGCCGCGGCGGCGGUUCUUCGCGCCCGUGGCCGUCGCGGUGUCGUCGGACUACGAGACCGAGGGCGCGGAGCAGGAGGAGGGAGCCGAGGAGUUCUCCGAGGACCUGAAGCUGUUCGUCGGCAAUCUGCCGUUCAGCGUCGACAGCGCGCAGCUCGCAGGGCUCUUCGAGCAGGCCGGCUCCGUCGAGAUGGUCGAGGUUGUAUAUGAUAGAAUGACUGGACGAAGCCGUGGAUUUGGAUUCGUGACAAUGUCUUCAGCUGAAGAAGCCGGAGCUGCUGUCGAGCAAUUCAACGGUUAUACAUUCCAAGGCCGACCUCUGAGAGUAAACUCAGGGCCGCCGCCGCCUAGAGAUGACUCCGCACCAAGAGCACCAAGGGUUGGUGGUGGUGGUGGCGGCGGCGGCAGCAGCUUCGAUUCGGCGAACAAGCUCUACGUGGGGAACCUCUCGUGGGGAGUUGACAACUCGACACUGGAGAACCUGUUCAGCGAGCAAGGGCAGGUGCUUGAUGCUAAGGUCAUCUACGACAGGGAGAGCGGCAGGUCAAGGGGGUUUGGUUUUGUCACCUAUGGCUCUUCUGAGGAGGUCAACAAUGCCAUAUCGAACCUUGAUGGCAUCGACUUGGAUGGCAGGCAGAUCCGAGUUACAGUUGCAGAAUCUAAGCCGAGGCGUCAAUUUUGAAAUCACAAUAUGUUGGUUUAUAGAGGUUAAUAAUGUGCUUGGCCAUGUGUUAGUUCCUAGCUUCUAUUCUUGCCUCCAUAUGAGUUAAAAGAAGAUGCAGUCAAUGAGAGAUUGGAAGUGAAACUGCUGUAUACGGGAAGAUUUUUCCCAGCUCUGCAAUGCAAUGCACACACCCUCUUAUGCUCA